ACUUCGAGGCGACCGCAGUUUGUUUACAUUUCUCGUUCGUUCGGUUGGUGAAUGUCGCGUCGUCCAUCUCGGAUCACGUACGAAAUUCUUACGAAAAUUUCGUAGUUUUUCUCGCCGCUCGUUAUCGCGAUUUGUAUUGUAAUUAUUUAAUAAUCGACUAGUGUUGGUGACAUCUUUUUUAACGUGAUUCGUGUUGAAUUUUGCAUUGACUUUAUUGUAGACCGCCAUCUCCGUCUUCGUCUUCGUCUAGUAUCCUGCUCUAAACUUGGUGAGUACCAACUUUCCGCCAAAUAAAUUGAGAAAAAUUCAAAAUACAUCCAGCAGAUAUUAUCACUGGACUAGCACACCUGCAUGCGUUCUUCCGUUCUGCCAUUUUCUCCAUAUUCUCGAUUUAGAUUCGACCAGUGUACCUAGACCUACGACGAUUGAAGAAUAGAUACAGUUUGAAAUAAUUGAUAAUGAAGCAUAUCGGAUGGCUUCCAGUAAUAGCGCAAGUUUACUUCAUAUUUUGCAUUGAUGGAGCGAAAACGCCUAGCGCCGACGAAAGUGGCGCCCGAGGAACGGUGCACGUGUACGAAGGUGACGAUGCUCUUCUAACAUGUGUGAUACGAGGAGCUGCCGAUAAUACGGUCAUGUGGAAGAUGGAGGAUCGCGAUCGUCACAGCAAGCGAGUCUUGACAGCCGGCGAUACGAGAGUGACCGGUGAUCGGAGGUUUCAUAUUUUACACGAUGAAGGAGGCGAUGUUUGGGUAUUGGCUAUUAAAAAAGUCAAAGCUUCCGAUACUGGCGUAUAUAUUUGCGAAGUAAACAGCGACCCGAUUGUACGCUCUUUCCACAAGUUAUCAGUUUUAUCGCGUGAAUUACAACCACCCAAGGAAGGAAAUACCACUGUUCAUUACGGAUCCGAUAACGUGCUAGAGAUCGAAGAACGUACCGAUAAUACCGAGUUAUUGAAUCAUAAUUACACCGAUUGCUGUAAUUCUCUCAAUGUGUCCACCAAGUGUUUGGGAUUCUGCGUUAUACAGAAUAUCUUAGAAGGAAAUACCGGUCAGGAUCCCGAACAAUGCGAAGCUGAUUUUCCAGCCAUUGUACGCUGCAUGGCAGAUGGAAGAAACCACGUUCCUUGUUGCGUCCAAGAAGGAGUUCCAGAUAUCUGUCAAGACGUCUGUCGCGGAGAAUACACCAUGAUCACAGAUAACAUUAAAACCCAUUUCUCAUGUUCAGCCUACACGGAGCAAACUUUAGCUUGUAUAGUUGAAGGAAUAGAAUUGUUACCAAGUACCCCGGAAGGCGUUCAAGUGGACGUGGUCUCGGAUACGAUGCUGAACGUUACGUGGGACAAACCGGCGAGAAAUUCGGCUAGUAUAUCCGAGUACGCGGUCAAUGUAUCCAUGCUCAGGUCUUUCGACAAUAAUCCGCCAUUUAGUAAAAAUAUCGAGGAUCAGAAUAGCAGCUGGAUUAUCGUUACUCCUCAUAGUGUUCAAGUUAAGCCUAUCUUUUGGGUGGUGUAUAAGGUCGAAGAAACCGUUCAAAACGUCCAGAUUCGUAAUCUAACCCCAUACACGAUGUACGAAAUCACUGUCACAGCCAGCAACUCGCACGGAUCCAGUCUAGCUUCUUACGCGGUUCGUUCAGUAACCCUGCCAGCUGGUAAAAUGAAGACGACCGGUAAUUCAAAGCCACCGCCAUUACCCGACAUUAAAAGCUGUUGCGUUAAAAAAGGAAUUACCCAUAACACGUGCCUGAAUAAACUAUGCGAUCCGGCUCAGUCCGACGCCACCGAAGUGACUGAUUUGAUGAUUUGCGCGCCAUGGGCUUCCCAUACGUACAGCUGUCUUACCAAUGGUAUCGAUCAUACGCCGUGUUGUAAAGCUCGUGGUAUUCCUGCCCUGUGCCAAGAACUGUGUUCUGGUAAUCUAACCCAGAUUGAUUAUAGUUAUUUCAAGUGUCUAAGAUACAUGGGUGAUUAUACAAAUUGCCUGAUGAGAGGAUACGGUGUCGUACCUACUGCUCCGACCCACGUUAAAGUUACCAAUAUCGAUAUUAAUUUCGCCAUCGUACACUGGGAUCCACCCAAAACGCUCAAUGAAACCAUUACUCAUUAUAACGUCUACUAUAGAGAAGUCGAUGAUAUAUACAACGUUGCUCGAAAGGUAAACUCGCCGUAUGUUUUGGAAAAAUUACACCAAGAUUCCAUAUACGAGGUGUACGUCGAAGCUGGAAACUCGCAUGGACCAGGCGAACCGUCUCAACGUAUUGUUUUCCGCACUCUGAGCGUGGAUUUGGUGAACAAAGAAGUAGAGCAACCGAAUAUCAUCUACAAUGUGACCGAAUGCUGCGUCAGUUCGGGUCUCAGUGAUGUAUGCCUACCAUUGUGCUCAUACGAUGCCAGCAUGUCUCAGUUGAAAUCUCUGGCUGGAAUUUGUGGCAACGAGUUCCAUAAGUUGAUCCGUUGUGGUGCCGGUGGACGUAAUCAUAAUAGCUGCUGCGAAAGACGCGGAGUGCCUUUGAAUUGUUUACCCAUUUGUACCGGUGUUAUUGGGAAAACUGUGACUGCAUCACCGCCUAAUACGUGUAUUCCUUUUAUUGGGAAUAUUGUGCAGUGUUUCCAGGAAGGCACUGGUCAAUUGCCGGGUCCUGUUUCUGAGCUGCAUGCUGUCAAGCUGAAGAAUAACAGUGUUACAUUAGAGUGGAGUUCACCCAAAGAUGGAAGCGACGUGCAGGAUUAUGUUGUACACUAUCAACAAGUUACCAACGCUACUAUGCAUGAAAUAUCACUCACCCUUGAACAGCAAGUGACUGUGAAAGGAACGACGACUAAAUUAGAGAAUCUGGAAACGGGAAAAUUAUACAGCAUAUUUGUAGUAUCGAGAAACGUGCACGGUACAUCAUUACCAUCGUCAAUUUUAUUACUGAACGUAACGGAAAAAGAUACGAGCAAAGGUGGAAUUACCGGAGUUACAUCGCCUCCUCAUUCGUUGGCUGUAUCGAGCCACAGUGCUAAUUUCGUUACCAUUACUUGGCAGCCACCAGAAUUCAGUCAUCCUGCGGAACGAUUAUAUUAUAAAUUGUACUGGAGAGGAAACGCUGACACAACUUUCCGAAUGGUUGAUACAGAAAUAACGAGUCAUAUGAUCGAAGGACUGAGUCCAAAUUCGCAGUAUAUAGUUUAUGUUGUAGCAGUUUCCAAAGCAGGUUCUAGCUUAGCUUCGGAAACUUUAAUAGCUUGGACUGAUCCUGCUUUCCCUGCUUUUGUCGAGGCACCCACCGUUCAUCCGCUCAAUAUGGUUGUGGAAGGUAACAGUAUGACCAUCUUGUGUAUCGCUAUGGGUACUCCGAUGCCGACUAUUUCGUUGUACAUUUCUGGAAGACUGGUUAGACAAGAGACUACUAGACAUAUGGUGACUGUGAUCGGUAACGUGACUAGAGACAUGAAUCAUAUUUCGUGUUACGCUGAUAACGGAUACGGUACUCCUAUGCAAGCCACCAGACAUAUAUUGAUUAACUAUAUUCCUAAACUGAUACCUUCCGGUAUUACGAUGGCUACUUUGGGAGAUAACGUAGCGCUGGAAUGCGCUGUCGAUGCUCAACCUGAACCAAAAAUGAUGUUCUGGAGAGAUCCGAAUGGUCGAGUACCGGUUAUACAGGGUGGAAAAUACAGCGUCGAUAUUACGUAUUCGAAAGAAGAAGUGACUAAAUACAUUAUGACGUUGACUAUAAAUAAAAUAGCUGUCGCUGACGAAGGUGAUUAUUAUUGUCACGCUGAGAACGCUUUUGGAACUGCGACCCAACCAGUUUCUGUUCGAGUUCGUAAUACGCCCGCAACCCACAACGUAACCCAAUGUUGUAUUCAACAGAACGUCUCAUCCGCCUGUAUGAACGCUUGCUCGUUCUAUUUAGAUAUUGACACCGCCAUCGAAAAACAAGAAUGCGCCAAUGAUCUGAAUAAAUUGAUGAAAUGCGCUGCUGAUGGAUCAGAUCAUAGAGGGUGUUGCGCCUCUUUACACGUACCCAGAAGCUGUUUGGAUUGGUGUCGAGGUGAACCGGUAGUUGAUAACACCAUGUGCAUCAUUAUGUACACUAAACCGAUCAUGUCGUGCUUCAGAGAAGGACGAUCCAAACUACCAGGACCUCCUCAAAACGUACGAGUAGAAGUUGUUGACACACAUUCAGUGAUGGUUAAAUGGGACCCACCAAUCAAGAAUCCACACACUGUUGAAGUGUACAGAGUAUUCUGGAGACCAAUCGGCAACCCUCGUAACCCAGCCAAAAACGAUACCAAAGAAAACAACCUACUAAUCACCGGAUUAAAAGACGACUCUACUUACGAACUAGUGAUCAAAGCAAGCAACCAAAUAGGAACCAGUAUGCUGACUGAUCCGCUGAAAUUCUCAACGACUGAAAAAUACAUCACGUCUGCUGCCAGCCUGGGAGAAGAUGAACAUGCAGCAGUUGGCACAGCCUUGAGUGUGAUCAUGUCAUUAUUAAUUGUCAGCGCCAUGAUCGGAGCUGGCGUUUACUACUUACAUUCAAAACAACUCCUACUUAGAAAGUCUACCGUCAAUGGGGUAGCCUUUGAAAACCCCAGUUAUUUGAGAGAAGUGAAUAUGGAAAAUAUCCAGCAAACCGGUGAAAACACUUACAUGAGUAACGGUCUAGCCAACGGUGUACAAAACCAAACAGCACCUCAAGGAUGGAAACAAGAACCACUCCACGUACCAAUGCCAACCGAAGUACCACCUUCAUUAUACGAAGAAUUACGACUGGGCUCGAACGGUGCCGGUUUCAUGAGACUGAAACCAUAAACGCAAAACACCUACUCGUACAUCUCAGUCGAACAUAUAAAAUGGUCCUGGAGACCUACUUUUCUUUUUUUUUGAAAAAAAGCACUUUUUAGAUAUGUCCAGUUUUGUAGAUUUUCACCAACACUCGUUUUCUGUGAUCUUUUUAUUGUGUAGGCGAUAAAAAUUUUCUUAAUGUGAUAAGACUUUACGUUUUACCUCAUUAUAUGUGUAUUUAAUUGUAUAAAAAAAAAACAAAAAAAAAAGGUAAUGUGCUAUGUACUUAACGACACUUUAUUAAAGUCAAUAUACUACAUAUAGUCAAUGUAUAAGAUGAAAAUUCUCAUAAAUAAGCACAAAAACAUCGCUUCGAUAGUUACCGUGUGUCGAAAAAGUAAACUUUGAAAAAAAAAAACGCGGUUCGUGUAAAUAUUUAUUUUUUAAAAAAUGAGCAAUUGUCGUUCAAGUACGCACUCUACUUUACACUAUUUAUUAUUGUAUGUAUUAUUUUUUUUUUUUAGAGACGAGCGUGCGAUAUGAUGCAAAGUUGUUGAUAAACACGUGAAUGAGAUUUUAAUUAAUUUAAGUGAGGAAAACUGUCUGCAAAGGUACAGUUUCUAGUCAUACGUGUUAGGAGGCCAGUUAAAUGGUUAAUUUUGUAUUUUGUAGGUGAUUCAUUCUAGUGAUGUAUAUUAAACGUUGUUUUUCUCUUCUAUGCAUAAAUAAUUUUCUCUCUAUACAUAACUUUUUUCUGUCGUAUCAUGUGUCGAAAAAGUCAAUCGAAUGAUACCGAACGAACGUCGUUUAUCAACGUAUAAUUAAUUAUUGAAAUGUGAAUGUUGUUGGUUUACAUAUCGAUCGUCAUUUUUACACUUGUUUACAUUCUAAUUGAACAUUAUUGUAUUUGUAUUCGAGUUUUUACACGAUAUUGUUUUUUUUUACGCGUUAUGUGACUUGUUCUCUUGUUUUACUUAUUGUAAUUCGUCUGAUUAUCGUGAUUAAUCUACGUACAUUUAUGAUUUAUAUUCAUUCGUGUUGAGAAUCAGAGUUAUGUAUACGUGUGUGUUUAGAAACCGAUAGAAGUGAGGACUUGUCAUAGGAUUAGGGAGGGGGGAAAACGUGUGUGUUUUGUUGUUAUUUUUUUUGAGCUUAAAAAUAAUUAUUAUUUUCAUGAAAAAAAAUUGUACGUUGAAAUUUCCCUUCUCUCCCCUUUCCAUGCUAUGCUGUUCCUUGACAGGAUACUGGAUAGGCUGUGUAUAUUGUUUUUCAUAUUUUCAUUCUCCCUUUGAUAGGUGCUUCUCGAUAUUCAAGUCCUUCCUUCGACGGAUUCUUCAACCAUUGUAAUGUUUGUUUGUGUGUUUAUGUACCAUAUUCAAAAUUAGCUACGAGUAUUUUUGUAGCUGAUGUUUUAUUAUUUUAAGACACGCCCCUUUUUUUCUGUAGCAUUGUAUAUUCUUUUUUUUUUUGUUUAAUAAUAAUUAUAAUUUUGUUUCGUA